AUGAGUCGUGGACGGCUACCAAAAAAUGCAAUACUCGUGGAAUUGCUAAGAGAAGACGAAGAAGAGAGUGAAUCAGAGCUCAGCGACCAAGGCUCUGAAACUUCCGACCACAUCGUUGCAGAGGAACCUCGAUCUGCUGAGGAAUCAAACUGCUCGGACUCAGAAGAAGAUGAUUUGCCACUUUUAGAAAUAAGUAUCUGUUUUACAGGGCGUGAUAAAGUAACGAAGUGGCAAAAAUCUAACAAUAACAGAAUUUUAGCACUGAGCGCCGUUCUGGCAGUGUCUGUGGCAGGGCUCUUGCCUCAACCACACUACUCAUCUGCUGCAGCUGUCUCCUCACAGAGCAUCGUGCGUCACGACCAACCUCAGGCUAUCCACUCUGCACCCGUCGCCGUACACGCCGCCCCUCUCGCCUACCACGCUGCUCCAGUCGCCACUUAUGCGGCUCCCGGCCGUUAUUCCGCCGGCCAUGCCGUGUCCUCUCAAACAAUCUUGCGUCAUGACCAGCCCCAUGCCGCCAUCGGAAUUGCUCCCGUAUCUUACGCAGCGGCACCAGCGCACUACGCCGCGCCUGUCAUCAGCCAUGCUGCUCCCGUGACCAAGUUUGUUUCCACCGCACAACACGAGGAAUACGCUCAUCCUAAAUACGACUUCGCAUACUCCGUGGCCGAUGGACACACUGGCGACAACAAGUCCCAACACGAGAGCCGCGAUGGUGAUGCUGUGCACGGCGAGUACUCGUUGCUUGAAGCUGAUGGCUCAGUACGCACAGUGCAGUACACCGCUGAUGACCACAAUGGAUUCAACGCUGUAGUCAGCAACUCCGCUCCCGCGCAUCACAGUGCUCCAGCGCCCACACAUUAUCUGGCUCAUCAUUAA